AUGUCAGUUUCAGAACCAUCCCCUGAUUCUCAGUAUGUUCAAAGUAAUGGUGAAGUUGAUGACUCAUUAAAUAACUCAAUAGGAUCACCUGACAACUUUAAAGAGUUUUCAGAGUUUUCCUCACGUACUCAAAGUACAACAACUACCAAAGUUAACUCAGCGUUGACAUUUUCAAUUCUUUGUGAUUUAUUGGAUGAAUGUACAAUAGAUGUAAUAUUUGAAGCACAUAGAGAAGCUAAAUUGGCCACCUCCAAAUGUCAAUUAUGUAAUGUCGAUAAAGAAAGUUUUGAUGAUGAUAAAAAGAAUAAAAUUUAUGUAGUAGCACAACCGGGACUUGACAUUUUUGGUAAUCACCCACAACCAAAUAAUUCACCAACUUUUGAAUGUGUAAAUUGUCAACGACCAUAUCCAUCUCAACGAUACGCGCCACAUCUGGAAAAAUGUAUGGGAUUGGCUGGUAGAAGUUCAAGUCGGGUUGCUAACCUAAGAAUGGGUAAUGAAAGAAAUCCAUCAUCACCUCAUACACCAUUACUUUCAGAAGAUCCAAGUGAUUCGGAUGGAAGUUUAUAUACGGACAAAAAGCGCAAGAAAGUGAACGGAAAGUCAAGGGCAUCGUCACCUGCUAAAUAUCCUAAAGUUAAAAAGCAAAAAUCAAUUCAAUCAGAUUCAGUGGAUACACCAAAUUUCAUAUCAAAUUCUGGAGCAAAGAAAACUUCAACAUCAACAAGAUCAGCCAGUCCCGCACCAUCCUCAAUGUCAGAUGGUCAAUCACCUUUAAGACGUCCAUUUAUGACACAAUUAAGUAAUUUGGAAUCAAAUCUUAAUAAUAAUAAUUUUGAACAUCACCAACAACAACAAGAAGGGGAUGAAUUAAAUGAUGGGUAUGAGUCAAUAAUAUUUCAAGUUGAUUGA